UCAAAUGGCAAGGCAGUCCGCACCAUUCUAGGUGCUCCGGGUCCAUCACAGAAUCCUCACCUCGGGCAUCCACAAGCCUUUCUAAAUCCCUCCGCCCUCGUCAAUAAACCUAGGAACCAAAGUCUCACCGGCAUCUUCCUUGGCAUCUUCGUUCGUUCCAAGAGGAAAGCUAUUACUUGCUUCCUACAAGAAUCCAUAUCAACGGCGACUCUGUACUAUAAAUGCCGGAGAUCACCCGGUUUUGAUGACGAACAAGUGUCCGAGUCCUCUUAGAAGGGAAUUAUUAGCGAAAAGAUGGCCCUCAGGGUGCUAACGGCGCUGGACCACGCCAGGACUCAAAUCUACCACUUCAAGGCCAUCAUGAUCGCCGGCAUGGGGAUGUUCACCGACGCCUACGACCUCUUUUGCAUCACCCCCGUCCUGAAGCUCAUCGGCCGGAUCUAUUACAAGCCCGACGGCCCGGACCCCGGCGUCACGCCACCAGAGGUGAUGUCGGCGAUGGUUGCCGUCGCGCUCAUGGGGACCAUCAUCGGGAACCUCGUAUUCGGCGUCCUCGGCGAUCGCAUCGGCCGGCGGCGUGUCUACGGGCUCUCCCUCCUCCUCAUGGUCUCCAGCUCAUUCGCCUGCGGCUUUUCCAUUUGCCGCACCCGCGGCUGCGUGCUCUCGAGCCUCUGCUUCUUCCGCUUCCUGCUCGGCGUCGCGAUCGGUGGCGACUACCCGCUGUCGGCGACGAUCAUGUCAGAGUUUGCGAACAAGCGAACGAGGGGUUCGUUCAUCGCCGCCGUGUUCUCGAUGCAGGGGUUCGGGAUAUUGGCGAGCUCGGCGGUGACGAUGGCGGUCGCCGCGGCAUUCAAUGGGGCCACCAAGGAUUCGGACAUCAGCCCGCUGCACACGCCGGAGGGAGCGGACCUGGCAUGGCGGAUCAUAUUGAUGAUAGGAGCCAUUCCGGCGGCCCUGACGUUCUACUGGAGGAUGGCCAUGCCGGAGACCGCCAGAUAUACAGCUCUGGUGGAACACGAUGAGAUCAAAGCAGCCAAUGACAUGGGAAAGGUACUGGGGGACUUCGACCUGCAGCAGCCAGUUGUGGAGCAUUCAGAUGCCUCGCGUAGGCUGCCGGGUCCCACCUAUGGCCUCUUCUCCAAGCAAUUCCUAAGAAGGCAUGGGCGAGACCUUUUUGCUUGUUCCAUGGCGUGGUUCCUUGUCGACAUCCCCUACUACAGCAGCACCCUCUUCCAGUUCCAAAUCUACAGGCCAUGGUUCCCCGAGGCUGGAGAACGUAACGCCUACGAAGAAGCCAUCGACCUUGCAAAGUUUCAGGCGAUCCUCGCCGCUGCCUCGACGAUCCCGGGCUACUUUGCCACCAUGUACUUUAUCGAUCGCAUCGGGAGGCGAAGAAUUCAAAUGAUGGGAUUCUUCUUCAUGGCAAUCUUCAUAUUUGCAAUGGCGGGACCGUAUGACAAGUAUUGGCACGACCACACCAAUGCCGGGUUCUUAGUUUUGUAUGGCUUGACCUUCUUCUUUUCAAAUUUUGGGCCCAACACCACGACGUUUAUCGUGCCUGCCGAGCUCUUUCCGGCCCGGUUCCGAUCAACAUGUCAAGGGAUCUCAGGAGCAGCAGGUAAGGUAGGUGCCAUGAUCGGAGCAGUAGGAUUCCUUUGGGCUUCUCAGAGUAGCAACAAGAAGGAUCUCCAGGAAGGUUGGCGGCCAGGAAUUGGAAUGGCGAAUGCGUUGAUUAUUUUAGGUGGGGUUUGUAUUGUUGGAAUGGUUGUUACCUAUUUCUUCACAACCGAGACUAUGAUGAGGUCCUUGGAGGACAACGAAGGUGGAGAAAGCCAUCACGGAGAGAAUGGCGUGCAGCUCCAUGGAAAGGGGCUCCCAAGAAAUACAUCAAACUCGAGUGAACUCAGUACCCGACCUCUUCGGGGGUGGACUCCUUGGGCUUCUCCUCUGUAAGAUUGCAAGGUCUGUGCUAUAGUUUUUAGUUUUUUUUUUGUUUGAAAUGGGAAGGAUUUUAAGUGUGAGGAACACGAGUUUGUAUCAUAUUUAAAAAAAAAAGUUUAUCAUGAACAUUUUGAUUUUUCCCACUUCUUUUA